AUGAGCGCCGACAAUAUAAAAUCAUCGAAAGCCAAUUGCGAUUGUGCUAGCUCGGUCGUAAAAUGUACUACAACGUGCAAAUCAUGCAGCUACUGCGAGAGAAGGCUCGAAUUGGAAUUAUUGGAGCUGGACAAGCUUAAAAUUCGCAAAAAACGCCGCGAAACUUUGAAAACCUUCCAAUGGGAAUCUUGCAAGGAAACCAAGCUGAAGGAGUACAAAAAUAGGUUGACGCCACUUUAUCCAGAAGUUCCUAGAGUCGACACUUCUUAUAAAAUCCUCAGAGGCUUUGCGGAAACGAGUAUUAUCAAUAACAUGUCUUAUUUUCAAGAAUUGGCCAUCAGGAAAAAAGUAAUUUACCCAAAUUUCUAUUCGAACUGUAAUAAUUAUUUUCAGAUUCAAAAAAAAAUCUUAGAACGUAGAUACCCUCAAAUCGUCGACAACAUAAUGAAAGAAGCCAGGGAGCAUUUUAAAAUGGUCACCCACGAAGCGGGGGUCAAUUUAAAAAUCAAAGCGAGACGCAGUGAAGGCCACAAACGAUUACAACCAAUGAAACCUUAUAAAUAUCUCGGCAGAACCGAGAACUAUCCUGCCUAUUUGGCAGUAAAACGGCAAAUAACUACAAAAUUUUUGUUGCAUCAUCAAUUGGUGAGGAGGAUUUUGUACGAGUGUGUCGUUUUGUUACCGGAAACUCUAUGCGAUAUCAGUAACUUGAGAAGUAAACCGAACGACAUCAAAGAACUCGAUGCAGCUUUCAAAAAAUGCAUCGAAGAAAGCGAAAGCGCAAUGAAAAAGUUGCAUAACAGAGUUGUAGAAAUAACCGUAAGUGAUCAAACUAAAGCCAAAGUCGGCAACGUGACCUACUUUCACCUAUUGAAACUUUGCAACGGCAUAUUAUCCGUUCACUUCGGUCAAGCUUUAUACAGGACCAUAAACCAUAUCGUGGACAUAACCGGAAACGAAGACUUGGUGCCUUACCUGAAACUAUCCAUAAGCUACACGGACACGUUGGAACUACAACCGACCGCCGCCGAUUUGAACAUCAUCUACAGCGUGUUCGUUUCGAAGCUGGUGGAAAGCGCCAACAAGUUUUUGGUGUUGGAGUAUUACCGGAAACACGGUUAUUCGGCCAAGUAUUUGAAAAUUUUCAUCACGGAGGUUUUUGUUGUAGAAUCCGUCGAACGACAAGCUGAUAAUAUCAUCAUGCUUUACGAGCCAAUUACGAGAUACGUUAAAAGGCUGGAUGAAGAUUUUGCUGAAAUUUAUACCGAUUUGACCAUAAUUGGUAGCGUUUCUGAAGGAGGCAGUACAUCAUCAGACGCUUUAGCGCGUUUCAAUUACGGCUGUGAACAAAUCCGCCACUAUCAAAACUACAUCAAAAAGGCCAGCAGCAUGCUCAGCAGCGAAUACUUUGCGGUAGGUCAACUAAUCUUGUCCGAAUACGUUAUUACCAUGAAAGAGUCGUUGUCCCUUAUCAUCGACAAAGUUUUCACCGAGCUGUGCCAGCUUCAUAUGAUGGAAGACGAACUGAUUUGUAAAGAUUUUGAGAAUUUGAAGGAGUAUGCUCUGACGAAACCGUCCACUAGUGAAGAUCUUAUUGAACAAGACCUGGUGGAAUUUGGCACUUUAACCGAAGAGCAUAUGGAAUUAAAUUCGAAAACUAUACAGUGGAUAAAAAAAAUCGAGCCAGUUUUGGAUGUAAACGCCAGCAUGUACGAACAAAUCAAGUUCGAGUACGAAGAACGACUGCAAGCCACAAUUCGGAACGUUAACGAGCGGAUCGAGAAACUUAUACCAAUGUUGGGCAGUUUGGACGAAAUGGACGAUUUUGAACGGUGCAGGGAGUACGUCGAUCAAAUAAAAGUGCAUUUAGUAGUGUUGCGAGACCUAAGAGAGAAAAUCACUUGGAUUUCCAAGGAACAAAAAUGUUUGGGCUUUAAUAUUACACCCUUUAAAAAUGUCGAAGAUGUUGAAAAUUGGAUGUAUCCUUUUUUCCAUUUGAUCAAAGUUUGUAUGAAUAUUAAGCGGCACAUUAAUGUUUGGUUGGAUGGUCCUUUUGAGUUCCUAUUUUUUGACGAAGCGGAACAAAAAAUUGACGAGUACAUGAAGGAGUUGAUGAAGAUACAGAAAACAUAUCGAAUGAAACUAAGACAGGCUGCAGUUGAUAAUGCUCCCGUCCGAUUUUUCGGUGCCCUCGACGAUCCCGACUUAUUCGCUUGGCCUUCCCCAUUGAAACUGACCGCUCGCGGCAUACAACGAAUAAAAGAUUUCCGUCCCGCUAUGACGUUGAUGCGCAUCAUAUGCAACGAUGCGCUGGUGCGAAGACACUGGAAAGAAAUGUCGUUGAUUGCCGGUUUUGACUUGACCCCCAAUGCCGGUACUUCGUUGCGCAAGCUAACGCAAAUGGGCCUUGAACCGGAUUUGGAUAAUUACGACGUAAUCAGUUCAGGAGCGACAAAAGAGAGGGAGCUCUAUAGGAAUUUGGUUAAAAUGCAAAAGGAAUGGGACGAUAUUUAUUUUAAAACUGGACAGUUCAAAGAUAGUGGAGUUACGAUUUUGACUGCACUAGAUGACAUACAGGUGAUUCUGGAUGAUCAUAUUCUUAAAGCUCUCACAAUGAGAGGUUCGAUAUUUGUUAAACCGUACGAGACUGAAGUAAGAGCCUUCUACGACAAAUUAGUAAGAAUCAACUUGACCAUUGAGGAAUGGGGCCAAGUGCAAUCUCAAUGGCUCUAUUUACUGCCAAUUUUCUCUUCCAAAGAUAUUGUAGCACAAAUGCCUGAAGAAGGAGCUUUGUUCAAAGAAGUCAAUGAUACCUAUAAACGAUACAUGGAUGUUGUUUUAAGAGAUCCCAGAGUUUUUGUAGUAGCUGGAGCAGAAGGUGUUUACGAAAUUAUGCAACAUUGCAAUGAAUUAUUGGAGAAAAUUAAUGAAGGCGUUACAGCAUAUUUGGAAAAGAAGAGAUUGUAUUUUCCAAGGUUUUUCUUUUUAUCCAACGACGAAAUGCUGGAAAUCCUCUCGGAAACCAAAGAUCCUCUUAGAGUACAACCUCAUUUGAAAAAAUGCUUCGAAGCCAUUUACAAGCUACAUUUCACCGAACAACUUGAAAUUUUGGCCAUGUAUAGUCAGGAAAGCGAAAAAGUCAACUUUAGAGCGCAAGUGAACACCAAAGAAGCAGGCGGGAGCGUUGAAAAAUGGCUGGUGCAAGUCGAAGAACAAAUGGUGAUAUCAGUCAGAGAUCAAAUAUUGAAGAGUUACAAAAGCUAUUUUUUGAUGCCCAGAACACAAUGGGUUCAAAGAUGGCCUGGACAAGUGAUACUAUGCGUCUCACAAACGCACUGGACCUUAAAUGUUCACAAAGCUUUAAGCAACGAAGACAACUUUACUGUUAGCGCACUUUUCGAUACUUUACAGCGAUCGCUUACUGAUAUAGUUGCAUUGAUUCGGGACCCGAGUUUAUCGAAUUUAUCAAGGAUAACUAUAAAGGUAAAAAAUUAUUACUUCGUUAGGGAAUCUUGGGCCUUUUGUGAUUUUAUCAAACAAUAUCCAGCUCCCACGGAUCUACAAAUUUCUCGCAUUUGA